UAGCUACAGACAGCUCUUUGAAAUCGUAUGCACGGACUGUUUGAUCCAGUAGCAAGGGUGUAUUGUUGUCGUGGACUGUGUGACAAGUUUAUGUCCUACAGAAAUGGCCGGAAUUAAAGCUCUGAUCAGCCUGUCCUUUGGUGGGGCCAUUGGACUCAUGUUCCUGAUGCUAGGAUGUGCCCUUCCAGUGUAUGAUAAAUACUGGCCCUUGUUCCUCCUCUUCUUCUACAUCCUCGCCCCAAUCCCUUACGGCAUUUCCCGGAGAAUUGUUGAUGACACAGACUCGGCAAGCAACGCCUGCAAAGAGCUGGCUUUAUUUCUCACAACAGGCAUAGUGGUUUCAGCUUUCGGCCUGCCAAUCAUUUUCGCCAGAGCCGAUGUUAUUGCCUGGGGAGCAUGUGCGCUUGUGUUAACAGGCAAUGUAGUGAUCUUCGCAACCAUUCUGGGAUUCUUCUUGGUCUUCGGAUCAAACGACGACUUUAGUUGGCAGCAGUGGUAAAAUUGGGAGCGUGAGGUGGGGGACUAAGUCUGAACUGUUUAUAUUACUAGAAUUGUUAUUAUUAUUGUCAUUAUGAUUACUAUUAUUGUUGUUUGUUGUAUAUUUAUGACCUCCCAUCCAUAGACACAUUAAACCAGUGCAAUAAUUUGAUUUAACUGUCAUGUGGCACGUCAGACUGACUUCAGGUGGAUGUGCUGACUUUGUACUUUAUAUUUGCUCCAUGUUUGAGUCUUCUCCAUUUAUGUACUGUACAGGUUUAUCUUUUGAGAGUCAAAAUCUUUAUAAUGUUGAAAUCAUAAAUGUCCAUCUUAUCUGUGAAAAUGCAAAAAUGUCAAACUUAAUGUAAACCUGGACUCAGAUUGACCUAUGGGAGGGAUUGUGAUUGUCUGAAAGGUGGAAGCUUUUCCUGUGACAAAGAUAUCUAUCUAACUGACAAAUGUUGUUACUCCUUUGGGAUUGACGGUGUACAAUAGUGUGCUGGUCAGUCUUGAGGAAAGUUUCUCCCUCCAAGUGCUGACAGCACAGGAUAUUUUGUAUGGAGUAUGUGUUGUUUUUGAAGAGCAUAUUGAAAGCUGUGGGCUUUAGUCUCUCAGAUCGAAACCGUUCAAUACUAACGUACAUACAGCGUAUAUUGAUAUAAUACAUUAUACAAUGCACUGUUGCCUAUUGCAGUGAUCAAUUCUAAUGACUCGGCUAUUCAAAUACGUUAAUUUGAUACUGGCCUCUUGUGCUUUGUUGUUAAGCCUUGUGUAGCAUAUUCUGUCCCUUUUGAAAAAUGUCUAGAAAUCAUUGUAACCCGGUGUCGUCGUUUCUUUCGAAAACAGUCGGCAUCGAUUUUUUUUGGAGCAAGGUUUAGAAAUCACCAAAAACCUUCGUUAGACAGCCCAGGAUUAGGGCAGCCGGUGGAAACAUGGCCAAUUUAAGAUCUAGGCUACUUAUAAACAUGGGUAAUACUGCUAGGCCUGGAUUUACCAGGUAUUCUAUUGGUUUCUAUACCUGGAGUAGGAAACGAAGGCUGCACUGUAAUUAUGUUUCAAAGAUAAAUGUGGAUGUACACCAGUGUUUACCAAUUCACAUCCUGUUUUGGCCUAUAUUUUGUACAGCUGCACUAAAAUGUACUCGCGUCCUCUUGUUGAAGGAAAUGAGCACGCCGUAUAGGCCUAAACUAGUUUUUAAUGUGUUUUUUGUAUACCUGCAUUGGGUGUGCUGAUACCAUACAUACUCUGUGUAGUUUGUCAUUAGUUAAAGGUCUCAGUGAACAGUGUGCUGCAGCUUUGGAGUUUGUUACAUUUAACUGAAUUAGUCAUAGCUAACCAAGGUAUUAAGCAGCUGUCACCCUAUGUGCACUGUUUUGUUCAUCUGGGUGGAAGGGUUGCGUGUUUAUGAUAUUUUUAUUUUGCGGGAGGAACAGUUAUCUUUGUGAAAAGUGGUCUCUGGAAGAGACAAUUAUUCCAAAUAUAACCGGAAGCACUCAUGAAUCGGUUAUCUCUUUGUGUCACUCAGUUUGUCAUUCUUAUUUCCAGUCUUCCAGAGACCACAACCUCAGUGAAGAUAGUGAUUGUAUUAAUUGUAUCAUAAUGAAAACUCUUUUGCACCUUUUUGAGUUUAGCUGAACUUUUAAAUCAUAUUUAUUACCUUAAUUUACAAAGGUAAUGUCACAGCAAAUGGCAUUUGGUGUUUUUGUUAUCCUUUUAUUUAAGUCAAAUUGAAUCUGGAACUUUCCAUACAUCAAAACAAAUAAUCAAAUAUACAGUACAAGUCAAAAGUUUGGACACACCUCCUCAUUCAACGGUUUUUCUUUAUUUUUACUAUUUUAUGCAUUGUAGAAUAAUAGUGAAGACAUCAAAACUAUGAAAUAACACAUGGAAUCAUGUAGUAACCAAACAAGUGUUAAACAAAUAAAUAUAUUUGAGAUUCUUCAAAGUAGCCACACUUUGCCUUGAUGACAGCUUUGCACACUCUUGGCAUUCUCUCAACCAGCUUCAUGAGGUAGUCACCUGGAAUGCAUUUCAAUUAACAGGUGUCCCUUAUUUGUGGAAUUUCUUUCCUUCUUAAUGUGUUUGAGCCAAUCAGUUGUGUUGUGAAAAGGUAGGGUUGGUAUACAGAAGUUAGACCUAUUUGGUAAAUGACCCAAGUCUAUAUUAUGGCAAGAACAGCUCAAAUAAGCAAAUAAAGUCUGUCAUUACUUUGACAUGAAGGUCAGUCAAUUUGGAAAAUGUCCAGAACUUUGAAUGUUUCUUCAAUUGCAGUUGCAAAAACCAUCAAGUGCUACAAUGAAGCUGGCUCUCGUGAGGACCGCCACAGGAAAGGUAGAAUCAGCUACCUCUGCUGCAGAGGAUAAGUUCAUUAGAGUGACCAGUCUCAGAAAUUGCAGCCCAAAUAAAUGCUUCACAUAGUUCAAAUAACACACAUCUAAACAUCAACUGUUCGAUUUGCUGCAAAGAAACCACUACUAAAGGACACCAAUAAGAAGAUGAGACUUGCUUGGGCCAAGAAACAUGAGUAAUGGACAUUAGACCAGUGGAAAUCUGUCCAUUGGUCUGAUGAGUCCAAUUUUGAGAUUUUUGGUUCCAACCGCUGUGUCUUUGUGAGACACUGGUAGGUGAACGGAUGAUCUCCGCAUGUGUGGUCCCCACUGUUAAGCACAGUGGAGGAGUGAUGGUGUGGAGGGGCUUUGCUGGUGAGACUAUGUGAUUUAUUUAGAAUUCAAGGCACACUUAACCAGCAUUUCUACCACAGCUUUCUACAGCGAUACGCCAUCUCAUCUGGUUUGCCCUUUGUGGGACAAUAAAAUGGUUCAUCAACAGGACAAUGACCCAAAACAUACCUCCAGGCUCUGUAAGGGCUAUUUGACCAAGGAGAGCGAUGGAGUGCUGCAGCAGAUGACCUGGCCUUCACGAUCACCCGACCUCAACCCAAUUGAGAUGGUUUGGGAUGAGUUGGACCAGAGAGUGAAGGAAAAGCAGCCAACAAGUGCUCAGCAUAUGUGGGAACUCCUUCAAGACUGUUGGAAAAGCAUUCCUCAUGAAGCUGGAUGAGAGAAUGCAAGAGUGUGCAAACCUGUCAUCAAGGCAAAGUGUGGCUACUUUGAAGAAUCUCAAUUAUUAUUAUUAUUUUUUAAUUUUCUAACACAUUUUUUGGUUACUACAUGAUUCCAUAUGUGUUAUUCAAUAGUUGUGAUGUCUUCACUAUUAUUCUACAGUGUAGAAAAUAGUCAAAAAUUAAUAAAAACCCUUGAAUGAGUAGGUGUGUCCAAACUUUUGACUGAUACUGUACAUUUAUGCCUACAGCAAUGCACUGAUGGUAUAUCUACAGUUUUUGGAUAUCGAAGGUAUUCCAUACUGUUUUAAACCACAAAAUGAUCGUUAUAGACCGAGUACUGCAUAGUGAAAAUCUGAGAAAUGUCCAACAAAUUCCAAUAUAAUUCAAAACAAAUGAACUGCUGAUUCAGGUCAUUCUAAUCAUGGGAUGGGUUUGUCACUGAUUUCUUUUAUAAAAGAUAUGUUGUUUCACAGACCUGUAAUAUUUUAUUUAUUCGUUUUAGCAGACACUGUGUAGAUGUCCAAUUUUCUAUCUACGAGUUUUGUGUUCGGAGGCAGAAGUCAGCAUGGUGGUUUUCUUUUCUAAAUAAAUGCAAUUUUUGAA